CACAGAAAAUAGAGGUUGUGGUGGCAGCUGCAGAGAAGUACUUUGGAUUGCUAGGAUUUAUUGUAGAACAGCUGCAGGGGGUGUUGAAUAGUAGUGAUAUGUCCUCAGACCGUUGGUCUGGAGUAGGACUAGAUAGGGUUAAAUAGUGGAAUGUGUGGUGUUUUUAAAGUUUUUUUUUAGAGGGCUAAUAGGUGGUAGGGCAAUUUUCCUUUUCCACAAUUUUGUAUUAUUGUAUCUAAGAAUAUAAUGUAGGUAUGCCGUGAAUGGCCCCACACACCAGUACAGUAGGUGGCGGUGUAUGCACCUAAAAGUUGGAUGCGAUCCGCCAACCAAAUCCUAAAGAAGAAGAGGUCAUCGUUUUUCAGGUCUCUGCAAGGUGUGUAGAGUGAGCACAGCUUGACAUUGAAAGAGGCGGAACACGUGUCUUGGGCCCUGCUGGGGUGGUUGAGGAGGAGGCGGAGGCAGCAGCAGCGGUCCUAUCUGUCCCAAAGUAAAGCAAGGAUGUCUGGAGAUCUGUCCCUGGACAUUAACAUCAAGGAGCCGCGAUGGGACCAGAGCACGUUCAUGGGCCGUGCCCAGCACUUCUUCUUCGUCACCGACCCCAGGAACAUCCUAAAGUCCUCUGAGACCCUGGAGGAUGCACGGGUUACUGUGGAGAACUACAGGUUAGGAGUGGUGAAGCCAGGUCUAACAGAAGAUGAGCUGUGGAGAGCCAAGUACAUCUAUGACUCUGCCUUCCACCCUGACACUGGAGAAAAGAUGGUGGUGGUGGGACGCAUGUCUGCCCAGGUCCCCAUGAACAUGACCAUCACCGGAUGCAUGCUCACAUUCUACAGGACGACUCCAGCGGUUGUGUUCUGGCAGUGGGUGAACCAGUCCUUCAACGCUGUGGUCAACUACAGCAACCGCAGUGGAGACGCUGCCCUCACCACCAAUCAGCUGGCUGCAGCGUACAUCAGUGCCACCACAGGAGCUGUAGUCACAGCCCUGGGACUCAAGUCUCUAGCCAAGCGCCUUCCAGCCGUCAUGAGCCGGUUCGUCCCCUUCUUUGCUGUAGCGGCUGCCAACUGUAUCAACAUCCCCUUCAUGAGGCAGAGGGAGCUGAAGUACGGCAUUCCAGUGACCGAUGAGAAAGGGAACCGGUUAGGAGAGUCAGUCACCGCUGCCAAGUCAGGCAUCAUCCAGGUGGUGGUGUCCAGGAUCGGCAUGGCUGUGCCAGCUAUGGCUAUCCCCCCUGUGAUAAUGAACGCCCUGGAGAAGAAAGCCUUUAUGAAGCGGUUCCCAGUCCUAAACGCCCCAGUACAGGUGGGACUGGUGGGUCUGUGCCUGGUGUUUGCAACUCCUCUGUGCUGUGCCCUGUUCCCACAGAAGAGUUCUAUGGCUGUGAGCAGCCUGGAGCCAGAUCUUCAGGAGAGGAUAGGACAAAGCAGUCCCCACACUACCUCCGUCUUCUUCAACAAAGGCCUUUAGGACCACACAAUAACACCCACCACGAUACUACAGCUCAGUGGGAACAACUGUAAGGGCAAAGCGAAUAUUAUAUUUAUGCAUAUUUUUUAUUUACCUGUUUGUUAAAGAUGUUUGUUGUUCUAGGCUUUUUGAUUUUUAUUAGGGAGGAGGUGAUGGUGAGGGGUGCGUUUCAGUCCUACAAAGUUGCUUCCUUUACUGAAAUGAUGGAAUAAGUGGGUGAAAGCCUACCAGUCAAGUUUUUCUCAUUGUAUACUGAGCAAAAAUAAAAACGCAACAUUUUCAA